CCCACGUGUGACAUCCGUCUUUUUGGUCCCGUGACACGGCUGUAAUUGUUAGCAGUCAGCAAGAAACGUCGCGGUGUGGUAAAUGAUAUGUUAUUUGUUCUAUGAGCAGUCACUUUCGCCAUUAAUAUAACGUCUGCUGAAGCACGAUGUUAUCUCGUCUACUGAAGGAGCACCAGGCGAAGCAAAAUGAGCGGAAGGAGCUGCAGGAGAAACGCAGACGUGAAGCAAUUGCUGCAGCCACUUGUUUGACAGAAGCCCUGGUAGACCACCUGAACGUUGGAGUUGCACAGGCAUAUGUAAACCAGCGAAAGCUUGACCAUGAGGUUAAGACUCUUCAAGUGCAGGCAAGCCAGUUCUCCAAACAAACUGCUCAGUGGAUCAGUAUGGUGGAGGGUUUCAAUCAAGCAUUAAAGGAAAUUGGGGAUGUAGAAAACUGGGCACGAAGUAUUGAGAUGGACAUGAGGACAAUAGCAACAGCGCUGGAGUAUGUACACAAGGGUCAGCUUCAGUCUGCUUGCUCAUAAACCAUGAACGUGUGUGUGUUGGACAUUUGCAAGUGAAACUGAAUACACUGGAAUAAAAUUUAAAUCUACUUGAGUUGACCCCUAUCAGCGAAUAUGUGUUUUGCCUUUGUCAGCAGUUUCUUUGCUUGUCUGCACUCCCCUCUAAGUUCGCCAGGGCAGCUCAGAUGAACAUCAGAAUCCUGCUGCUUUAACAAUGAAAUGCAUAUGUGCAGAAAUUAUGUUGUUGUGUUAGCAGCAAUGUUGGAGGUGCUUACAGAUCAAGGUUGUAACAACCAAAAUGGCAAUAGAUAAAUAUUUAGAAUAGAAUAGAAUUGUUCAUGUACAAAUGGGGGGGGGGGGCAGGCAGGCAGUCUGAAUGGCCCAGGAGAAGAAGCUGUUUGUGAGUCUGGAGGUGUGGGACCUGAGGCGCCAACCAGAGGACAGUGGGUCAAACAGGAGGUGGGCAGGGUGCAAAGGGUCACCUGUGGCCUAGUUUUUCUGAAACAGGAGAAUCUGGCGAUGGCCUCCAGGGGUGGAAGAGGGCAGGCAAUCAUUUUUGGGGCAGUGUUAAUUACCCUCUGCACAGCCUUCCUGUUCUCAGUUGUGGCCCCUGCGUAUCUGAUGAGUGGCAUAAGGCCAGCAGCAGCUCCCAGUCCAGGUUAUUCUUCCUCAGGACACAGUCGUGUGUACAGAGCAUACAUACAGUUGGGGGCUAAGAACACAGCCCUGCAGGGAUCCUGUCACUCCAUGUGGUGAGUGACAGUAGGCGAUAGAGGUGGGGGCCGAGUCAGACAAAUUGGUUCACUACAUUGCCUGAUUUGUUGAAUAAAAGGGGAAAAAGUUAAGUAACAUUGUUGUAAAGAUUCAGUUCACCCCUUUGCAAUAGGUUGAAGAGGCCACAGACAUAAUAAACACCCGUUACCUUUAUUUAGUAUAUCCAAAAAAAGCAUUUUGUUUUAUGGCUUUCUUUUCUGUGCCUGAUACCUGAAUGAUGGUGUAGGUGUUACAUGUCUAUAUAGAGUGAGGGCUGUACUGUCUGUUUUAGACCACAUAAUUUCAGAUGUUGUUAAUGAUGGAAUAAUAUUGUUGAUGGAAAAAUAUUUUAAUAAAGUUUAAAAAUCUUCA